GUAACCUAUGCCUAGGCCAUGGAUCAGCUUAUGAGUGUAUAUAUAUGAGAUUCUUAGAAUGUUCAGCACUUCAGUGCCCACCUUCAGAAGUUAAUGAUCCUAACAAUGGGUCAUUUUACUCCUCCCAAACUUCUCUUUGCUCUCUGCCUUCUUUUCCCAAUUGCCGCAUCAUUUUCCACAUCAAAUGACCGAAAAACCUACAUUAUCCAUAUGGACAAGACCGGGAUGCCAUCUACCUUCUCCACCCAGCAUGAUUGGUACGUGUCAACACUGUCAUCCCUGUCAUCGCCAGAUGACAUUCCGCCUAUCCAUCUCUACUCUUACAAGCAUGUCAUGGAUGGGUUCAGUGCUGUGUUGUCCCAAACCCACCUUGACCAACUGGAGAGUUUGCCUGGUCAUGUUGCUACCUUCCCAGAAUCAAUAGGCCAUCUCCACACCACCCACACCCCAAAGUUUCUGGGCCUAAACAAACGUGCUGGAGCAUGGCCAGCUGGCAAGUUUGGUGAUGAUGUGAUUAUUGGUGUUCUUGAUACUGGAAUUUGGCCUGAAAGUGAGAGCUUCAAUGAUAAAAACAUGCCGCCAGUUCCGCAGCGAUGGCGUGGCAUCUGCGAAACAGGAACAGAAUUUAACACUUCCCAUUGCAACAAAAAACUUAUUGGUGCACGCAAGUUCAGCCAAGGCAUGAAGCAAGUAGGGUUGAAUAUAUCAAGUACAGAUGACUAUGAUUCUCCAAGGGAUUACAUGGGCCACGGAAGCCACACAUCUUCAACAGCAGGUGGCAGUCCGGUGCAACAUGCUGAUUAUUUCGGUUAUGCGAAAGGGACAGCAACAGGAAUGGCACCAUUGGCCAGAAUUGCCAUGUACAAGGUGAUUUUCUAUAGUGGCGAUAGUGACGGUUAUGAUGCUGCAGCAACAGAUACACUUGCUGGCAUGGAUCAAGCCAUAGAAGAUGGUGUGGACAUCAUGUCAUUGUCUUUGGGAUUCUUUGAGACACCAUUCUAUGAGAAUCCAAUAGCCAUUGGAGCAUUUGCAGCCUUGAAGAAAGGGAUAUUUGUUACAUGUUCUGCUGGAAAUUCAGGGCCUCAUGGAUACACCAUGCUCAAUGGAGCUCCUUGGCUCACCACCAUUGGUGCUGGAACCAUUGACCGACAGUUUGGAGCUGAAGUCACACUGGGAAAUGGCUCAAUUAUCGUCACUGGAACAUCUAUUUAUCCUGAGAAUUUGUUUAUUUCCCGAGUUCCUGUAUACUUCGGACUUGGAAAUCGAAGCAAAGAAGUUUGUGAUUGGAACUCCUUGGACCCCAACGAUGUUGCAGGCAAGUUCCUCUUCUGUGACUAUGAUGAUGAGUCAUCACAGUUUCGACAGAUGUCUGAAAAUGACCGAUAUGGGCCAGACAUUGCUGGAGCUACUGGGGCUAUCUUCAGUGAAGACGAUGCAGAAUUUCUCCACCCAGACUACUUCUACAUGCCGAUUGUGAUAGUGAGCACAAAAGACGGAAACUUGCUCAAGAACUAUAUCAUGAAUACCACAAACGCAACAGUUAGUGUAAAGUUCGGGUUAACAUUGCUAGGUACUAAGCCAGCUCCGAAAGUGGCAUAUUUUUCUUCUCGAGGACCUGAUCGAAGAUCCCCGUGGACUCUGAAACCUGACAUUCUGGCUCCUGGUUAUCAUAUUCUGGCUGCUUGGGUUCCUAAUAGAGGAUUUGCACCAAUUCGUGAAGACGAUUAUUUGCUCACAGAUUACGCUCUUGUUUCUGGCACAUCAAUGUCAUGCCCCCAUGUAGCUGGGAUAGCUGCACUGCUUAAAGCUGCCCACCGUGAUUGGAGUCCUGCUGCCAUCCGAUCAGCACUGAUGACAACUGCUGAUGUCAUGGACAACGCAGAUGGUAGAAUCAUUGAUAUGACCACUGAAGUUGCUGGGACACCCCUUGAUUUUGGAGCGGGGCAUGUCAAUCCCAACAAAGCAAUGGACCCUGGCCUAGUGUACGAUAUAGUGGCAGAGGAUUACAUUAACUACCUGUGUGCGAUGAAUUAUACAAGCCAACAGGUUCAAAUCAUCACAGGGACUUCAAAUUUUACUUGUCAAUAUGCUAGCCUGGAUCUUAAUUAUCCUUCUUUCCUUGUUCUCUUGAACAACACUAAUACGAGCACCGCUACCUUCAAGAGGGUGUUGACAAAUGUAGCAGAUAAUAGCUCUGUCUAUCGUGCGGUGAUCUCAGCUCCCCAGGGUAUGAAAGCUCUAGUCCAACCAACAACACUUACAUUUUCAGGAAAAAACAGCAAAGCUGAGUUUAAUAUGACCGUGGAGAUCGAUUUGGAAGCUGCUAGUGUUACUCCACAGAGCGAUUAUUUUGGGAAUUACGGCUUUUUGAGCUGGUAUGAGGUCAAUGGAAGACAUGUCGUUAGGAGUCCCGUUGUCUCUGCAAUUGCAUCCCCUAAGACUUGAAUCGCCUGCUCUCGGCACAUCUAAUUUGAGAAUCCUUUUCAGUUUUUAGCCUAAGAUCAUUACACCAAAUAAAAUGAUAACAUAGCAUGUCUGCCUAAGUGUAGCCUCUCCACAAUUCCAAAAGGAUUGGCCUGAAAAUACUCCUCCAAGGACGCUUCACAAAUUUUAUUCUGCUGGUUGUUUUUCAGCAAACCGAAGGUAUUAAAUUGUUCAAGGGCACUAGUAAAUCAUGCUUUUUUGGUUUGAGAAACCUUCUAUACCACCUUUUCCCUUUUUUUGAAUCACUGUAAUUUAUGAGAGGGUAUCCUUCGACGCCACCAUUUAAAAGUUCUGGC